UCAAUGAACGAUAUUAAUGACUCUGACUCCAUCUUGACAGCUCCAGAUCCUGGAACUUUUGUUGAUGUCCUGACAAUACUUUUUACUUUCAUAGUCUUCUUCCGUUGGAUAAACAAAAAGUCCUUGAACAUUCCAGAUAGCAUUGCUUUAUCACUUUCCUCGCUAAUUGCUUCCAAUCUUUUGAUUGUUUUAAACUUGACUCUUCCUCAUAUUGGAGUACCAGGUUUAGACUUGACUCCCUUCCACAACGUGACUGUAUCGUUUCCUAGCUUCGUUUUAGACUCAGCGUUAGGAUUUCUCUUGUUUUCGGACGCUAUGGAGUUGGAUAUAGUUUCUUUGAAACGUUCCAUUGAAGUCAUAUUUGUUUUGGCUGUAUUCACAACUUUGUUAGCAUCGCUGUCCAUCGCAAGUUUUCUGUAUCUUAUCAUGAUAUGGAUAUCUUACCCUCUUCCCUUUUCGCAUUGUUUAUUGUUCGUAGGUGCUAUUGUAUCACCUACAGACCCUGUAGCAGUUAGUGGAAUAUUGAAAUCCAAAAGAGAAUUGUUGCCAAAAUAUCAGCGUUUCAUUAUAGCAGGAGAGUCUUUAUUCAAUGAUGCAGUUUCCGUCGUAUUAUUUAUAGGUCUUCGACAUUGUAUUUUUGCUCCACACAAGGCUGGUGUAACAUUUCUUGUGCGACUAUUUGUACAGGAGGUUGUAUUAGGAGUCACUGUUGGCUUUGCGAUGGGUUACUUGGCCUAUCAAAUGCUUAGUAGCUUUGAAAGUCGAGUAUUAGAAGCACAUGUUACUCUAGUUCUCGUAUUGUUGAUUAAUAUGAUUUGUAAACAUCUCGGUGCCUCUAUUCCGUUGGCAAGUGUUAUUGCAGGUCUCAUGAUUGGCAACUAUGGAGUAGCAUUUGUAAUCAGUUCACAAAAGACCUUUCAUUGGUUGUGGGGCUUUAUUAAUGAUACGCUGAAUAGUGUUUUGUAUUUACUGAUGGGUUUCAUUUCCAUUCUUUUCGUAACGUUGCCGAAUAUAGGCUCAUAUCCUUCUAGAUUUAUCUAUUACUUUGUCUUCCUUUCCAUCAUUCCAUUAUCUUUGCUUUCUCGGUUCAUAUCGGUAUUGAUACCUCUGCGUAUGUUGCAAUUGUACUACAAAAUAAGAAGGAAACGUUUACAUCCUGCUAUCCGAUAUGCCAUGCCGUUGAAAUUUGUAUUUGUAUUGACUUGGAGUGGCAUGCGAGGAGCUAUUUCAGUAGCUUUGGCAUUGUCUCUUCCUGAUCAACUAGCAAGUCGCGCGAUCAUUUUCACGCUUUGUUAUACAUUGGUUUGUUUCAGUACUAUAGUGCAAGGGUUACUAUUUGAAAAAGUGGUGGGCUAUUUGGGUGCAUUUCCAAAGAUCAUUAGAGCAACUUUUGAUGGAAAUAUAGCACAAAUGAACAAUAAGAGAAAGAAUUCUUAUCUGAGGGAAUCUUUUGUGGAUAAGAACGCUAACCUCAAACCUCUUCCAAGUUUAUCGGAUUUGGUUCGUUCGGUUGGACUUGUGGGUGUUGCUUUGAAUCAACAGGACAAUAUAUCUAAGGAUAAUGUAAAACUUCAUUUGGUGGCACAUCAACAACAACCGAAGACAAGAAGAAUUCCACUCGAUAACGAAAUAGAAUCUUCGAUGGAGUGGUCAUCAACAGGAAAGUGGUUACAAUCACCCUUAUUAGACAAUAAUGAAGAGAGUGCAAAAUGAUGUUUCUUUUGGUUGAUGCAAAACACUUUGUUAUGUAUAGGAAGGAUGGUUUUGUAUUUUUUCAUAAAGUACAACACGAAGAGAUAUGAAAGAACCCAUCAUCAACCAGAAUGGAGCGCAAUUAGCUUUCCAUUAACAAAAGGGCCUAUAGAGUCUUUCUCCCACCGAGUCAUCUGACAAAACCUGCACCUUUUGUUGUUCUCUUGUGGUCCACGCUCAAAAUAUUUUCUACAAACUGGGGUUUGCGACCAAAGGACGAUUCAAAUAUUAGAAAGCAACAGGAAACGAAAAGUGGUGAUAUAGGUCACAACCUUGUGAAAAAUGCGCUUUCUGAAAUAGUUCAAAGUGCUUCGGUUACACAUUUUCCCACAUCCACUGUAAGAAUAUGGUUUCACUGGAAUGACACAACUAUGUUCAACAAAGGUUGCUCACUUACUGUAGAGAGUCCAGAUAUCGUUGGCCAAAUGCCAAACUUCGUUCUAUCGUGCAACAAUGCAGUGUAUUUCAAAAGCAAAGCAGUAAAGCGAUACUAUAAGAGUUAGUUGAGAAAAACAAAACAAACGCCUUCUCCAAUAAAGAGAAGGCUGAAAUUCAUGGCGCCAUUCCUGUGAGCCCGCCACCUAAUUGCGUCCUCCUCAUUGGUCAACGGAACAUUUGGACGU